AUGGGUAAACGCAUUGUGGUCACGGGUGGCUCGGGAAAGGCUGGGCAACACAUCAUCCAAUACCUCCUCGAGCACGGCCACGACAUCCUGAAUCUGGACCUAGUCCCACCACCAGCCAACCUCGCAGACCGCGUCGACACUCUGCGUGUCGAUCUAACCGAUGCCGGGCAAGUCUACAGCGCCCUCGGGUCCCAUUUCCGGCUCUCAGAGCCCUUCCGCGAACCGCUCGGGCUGGUACCCGACGCAGUGAUCCAUCUAGCCGGCUAUGCCCGCAACAUGAUUGUUCCCGACAACGAGACGUUCCGGGCCAACACGCAGGCGACAUACAAUGUCAUCGAAGCGGCGAGCCGCUUGAACAUCAAGAAGAUCGUCCUCGCGAGCUCCGUGACCGUCUACGGGGUGACCUACGCCGAGGGCGACGUGGACUACCCCUCUUUCCCGGUGGACGAGGACGUCGACGCCAACCCGAUGGACACGUACGCCAUCUCUAAGGUCUGCGUCGAGCGUGUGGCGCGCGGCUUCGCACGGCGGUACGGGAGUGAUAUCUACGUGCUGCGGAUUGGGAGGGUGAUCGCGCCGGACGAGUACAAGGGCCCCAUCGUCAGGGGGUAUGUUGAUCAUCCUGAGGAGUGGAAGGCGCAUGGCUGGUCGUAUACGGACGCGCGGGACCUGGGUCAGAUGUGCGAGCGGGCCGUGCUGAAGGACGGCCUCGGGUUCCAGAUUUUCAACGCUGUCAAUGAUGAGAUCACGAAUUAUACGCCUUCCACUGCUGAGUUUUUGGCUCGCGUGUGUCCGAAUGUUCCUGUCACUCGGGAGAUGGGACCGCGUGAAGCCCCUAUCAGCAAUAGGAAGAUUAGGGAGCUGUUGGGUUUUCGUCAGGAUCACCCCUGGCAAAAGUACUAUGAAGAAUAG